GAGCUUUCGUCUCACUCACAGUGCAGGAUACUUUAAGUUCACUUCUCCUCCCCGUUAGGAGUCAUCUAAACAGCUAGAGCGCGAGACCUCGGUCAUGUCUUUGGCAGAUCAGAGUCUGCAGUUUUUCCCGGUGAGCGCGCGGGUGUCGGUUCUCCGGGCACGAGGCCUCCGGAUCAAAGGGAAGGAUGGCACCAACGAUGCGUACGCGACGCUGCAAGCGGGUCGCGAGACGUUCCGCACACCGGUGGCGGAGAAGCACGCGGAGCCGGUGUGGGGCGGGGACGAUGCCGCCUUCAUUUUCACUGAACAGGACGGCGUCCCGCUGCAGGUGCGCGUGCUACACCGCGUCCCGCUCGGAGCGGACAAAGUACUCGGACUGACCGUCGUUAAUGUGCACGAGCUCCGGCAGGACAGCGCGCGCGAGAACCCACAGUGGUUUAAGCUGUUAAAUAAGACGGGGAAAGCCGAUAAGGAGCGCGGUGAGGUUCUGCUGGACAUUCAGUUCCUGAAGAGCAGCAUGAGUGUCAGCAUGAUUGACCUCUCUGACAAAUCACACUCGCGCCUUGGAAAGUUCAAGGACAAACUGCGGGGCAAAAAGAAAGAAGGGCUGAGCGACUCAGCCUCUGCGAUUUUGCCUUCGGUCAGCCAGGUGUUGACGGACAGUGAGGAAGAACUGGACAGAGAGACGGAGGGAGAGUCGACAAAAAAGAAGAAGAACAAACUAAAGUCUCUUUUUGUUCCUAAAUCCAGCAUGAAGCGCAACUCCAUGUCUCAAUCCAUGUCCUCAUUAGGGACACUUCCUGAUAAAAACUCGUCCAUCAGCUCGAGCACGUCCUCAGGCCUCAAUGUGGAAUCAGAAGGGAAGAAAAAGAAGAAAUUUACCUUUUUAACACACAAACGGAAUGGCAGCACAGACAGCAAGACAUCCACUCAUAAUAACUCCACCCUUGGCUCGACCAAUCAGAAUCCUCCAUCACCGAUUGAUAUUUGCAUUAAUGGUAGUCAUGUUUACAGAGAAGAAACCCAAAGUGAAGAAGUGCAGGAAAUGGAGGAAGAGGAGGGAGAGAAUGAGGAAGAAGAGGAGAGAUGGCGAAGAGAGGAAGAAGAACGGGAACGACUGGAGGAGGAGAGAAAAAGAAAAGAGAAAGAAGAGCAAAGGAGAAAGGAGGAGGAAGAAAAAGAGAGUAUACGGGUGGAGAGAGAGAAGGAAGAACAAAGGAGAAGGAUGGCAGAGGAGAAAGAACGGAUAAGGAUGGAAAGAGAGAAGGAAGAAGAAAGGAGAAGGAUGGGGGAGAGAGAGAAAGAGAGGAUACGAAUGGAGAGAGAGAAGGAAGAACAAAGAAGGCUUGAGGAGGAAGAAAAAGAAAGGAUGAGGAUUGAAAGAGAGAAGGAAGAACAAAAGAGAAGGAUGGAGGAGGAAGAAAAAGAGAGGAUAAGGGUGGAGAGAGAGAAGGAGGAACAAAUGAGAAAGAUGGCAGAGGAAAAAGAACGGAUAAGAAUUGAAAGAGAGAAGGAAGAAGAAAGGAGAAGGAUGGAGGAGAGAGAGAAAGAGAGGAUACGAAUGGAGAGAGAGAAGGAAGAACAAAGAAGGCUUGAGGAGGAAGAAAAAGAAAGGAUGAGGAUUGAAAGAGAGAAGGAAGAACAAAAGAGAAGGAUGGAGGAGGAAGAAAAAGAGAGGAUAAGGAUGGAGAGAGAGAAGGAGGAACAAAGGAGAAGGAUAGAGCAGGAAGAAAAAGAGAGAAAGAGGAUGGAGAAAGAGGAGCAGCAGAGAAAGUUGGAGGAGGGAGAAAGAAUGAGGAUGAAGAGAGAGAAGGAAGAACAGAUGAGAAAGUUGGAGGAGGGAGGAAAAAGAAAGGAAGAGAGGGGGGCAGAAGAGCUGAGGAGAAAGAUGGAGGAGGGGAAUGACAGGAAGAAGGCUGAGGAAGAAGAGAAGAUGAGGAUUGCUGAGGAGGGAAGGGUGAAGGAAGAGAAGAAAAGAGCGGAGAGAAAACGCAUGAUGGAGGAGGAAGAAAAACAGAAAGAGGAGAAAAGGAUUGCAAUGGAGAGAAGGUUAGCAGAUGAGAAAAAAGCCAGGGAGGAAGAAGAGAGAAGAAUAGCAGAAGAGAAGGAGAAACAGCAUAAAGAAGAAGAACGAGUUCGAGAGGAAAAAGAGAGGAAGAGGACAGAGAUGGAGAUGAAGAGAAAGGAAGAGGAGCAGGAAAGAAGGAAAAUGGAGAUGGAGGAUAAGAAAAAGAAGGAAAAACAGAUGAGAGAAGAGCAGGAGAGAUUAAGAAAAGAAGAAACGGUAUUUGAAGAAAGUGUCAUCUCACAAUCCACUGACUUCCCUCGUUCAGCCAGAAUCUCCAUGAAACCGAGCAUGUCCGUCUCUGCAACAGUUUCUCAAUUGACUAUGACGAACACCAACCCCUUUUUGGAUGACGAUUUAGAUGCCAGCAUUUCAGAAAACACCAGUGUUGAAGAGGCAACUGCUAAAAAAGGACGUGCCCCAUUACCUAUACAGUUGACUGGGCCAGAUGUUUGCUCCAGAGCUGUUUCUAAACAGCAUUCGAAUUUAAAAGAAGUCUCAAAACGGCCAGCACCUCAACCACCAGGUACACUGAACAUGACCAGAGAAGUGACGGUCAAAGAAAAUAUAGAUCAAGCAGGUCUCGGUCAAGGAGCAAAGAAAACCCCUGAGAGACAUCAUGAGAGCAAAGUCUUGUCAGUCACUCAAGAUGUCACACAAGUUAAUACUAAUCCUUUCACAUGUGAUGGACCAGUGGCUAUAAAACACAAGUCCCCAGCACCAAAACCAAGAAGUGGGACAUCCGUGUCUGAAGAUAUGCCAAGAAAUGGUGGCAAAAACCUAACAGAAAGUACUGCUCACCUUGAAGAAAAAGCAAGUGCUUCUAAUAUCAAAGGUAAUCCACCAAACUGGAAACUGCUGGGAGCCUCAAAUGAUAUUACAGUUGAAUAUGUCAAAAGUGACCUUACUGAUGAUCUGUCACGAAGAGAACAUCAUCUGGAGGAUGCAGUUGAGCCUGAAUCUGCAAAGCCAAAUUCUCCAUGUGUUAGUCAGGAUUUGUGUCCAGAACCUCUGGUUUCCCCCACUGAUGGACUGCCAAGCAUGGAAAGAUCCCAAAAGAAGUCUCGAGCCCCUCUUCCUCCAGUUAAACCCAAAAGAACUGAAGAUCCAAGCACUCCACACCAGCAGCCAUCUCUUCCAAACAAGACUAACCUUGAACAAGCCCAAGAGAACCAUAGUAAUAAGAAGGACCAAGAUAACACAUUGGUUUCUAGUAUUGAAAUAGCUGCAAUCAGCACUCCAUCAUCCACAGUUUCAUCCUCAGUGUUCACGCCACUUGCUGAGAAAUCACAGGUCAUGAAACCUUGUUCUACUGAGUCGGUGGAGACGGGUUCUGGUUCUGGGUCUAUGACUUUGCCAUGGGCUAAAAUGGUACCCAGUGAUGCAGGUGAAGUAAGAGAACAAGUUGCUCCCACCUCAGUAAUCAGGCAGCAUGCUGUAAAACCCCUGAGUGCUGCAGAGAAUCGGCCUGAAACUCAUGAAUCUCGAGUAACUGACAACAUACAGCCCAAAACAAAGGCUGCAGAAGCAGUGACGAAAGGCCCGUAUUCUCAGUUGACGCAGACCGAGCUGAUCUCUCUGGCGUUGCGUCAACAGGAACAGCUUUCAAAGCGUGAUGCCAGGAUCCAGGAGCUGGAGCAAUACAUCGAUGACCUGCUGGUGCGUGUGAUGGACGAAAAGCCAAGCAUUCUGAUGAGCCUGAACACAAAGAACAAAUCAAUAUGAGCACACAAACAAUAGGAGGUGCUGAAGAAAGCAUGUAGGGAGUGAAUUAAUACUUACAUACUGACUUUCGGGAAGAUGAACUCUGACAACGCUAAGCUAGACUUUGCUAGUAUAGCACUCACUAAAGUGCAAAGUCAAUGGCGUUAAAGUCUUUAUUACUGAGAUAAAUACAUAAACAUGGGAUUUAUUCCCCCUCACAUUCAUAAACCUCUGCUCUUACUACAUAUCAUGGGACAGAUUAAAAUGUGUAACAUUGUCUUUCCACUGUUUCCUGUUUUUCAAAGUUCACAGUUAGAGCUUUCAAAGUUAAAGCUUUGUUCACUAGUGCACAGAAAAAGAGCUCUUUGUACCUACUGUGUUUAUUAGUUCCUUUUUUUGUGUGAAAUGGGGGAAAGUCACACCUAAAACACACACAGUAUAUUGCCUUAUUCAAGAUAUUGUGUAAUAUGCCCGCAAUAUGAGUGCAAUACUGUACCCUAAAGCACUUUAAUCAGAGACAUUUUCUCCUUUUUGUAAAUAUUAAUGAUUAUUUGUACUUUAUACCUUUUCAUUUGAACAUUAUAAGUGAUGUUAUCUUUCACUCAGAAAUAAAGAAUUUUCUUUGCAA